AUUUCCACUCCUCGCUUCACUUAUCACGUGCUAUUUACAGAAUCACGUCACGUGACAGAUUGUAGCUUCACCAUUCACGUUAUCGUCCCCGCAGCGGACAGACGGAACUACUGGGCAGUUUCCUCAGAAGAGCCCGCAUCUUAAUUCGGCCAUGAAGUGGUUCCACAAGUUUUUGAGCUUAGCGGCCAGAGCAGCUGGGAAGGAUGAAGACUGGGAGUUCACCGAGGAGCCCCACACGGAGAGGAGGCAGCAGAUCCUCAAGAAGUACCCGCAGAUCAAACAACUCAUGGGCUACGACCCCAACAUCGCCUACAUAACCACGGUAGAAGUAUUCGUCCAGUUGUUCAUGUGUUGGCUUCUGCAGGACGCUAACUGGGCCAGUAUCUUGAUCCUUGCGUACUGCUUCGGAGGCGUUCUAAAUCAUUCUCUAGGAAGUGCUAUACAUGAGAUUGGCCAUAAUCUUGCCUUUGGACACAGCCGUCCGGCCCUCAAUAGGAUUCUCAGUAUAUGGUGUAAUUUGCCAAUGGCGGUUCCCAUGGCCGUAACAUACAAGAAAUACCAUUCCGACCAUCACCGCUACCUGGGCGAAGAGUACCAAGACGUAGACAUCCCAACUCGUCUUGAGAGUUAUCUCUUCAGAAACCCAAUCACUAAGAUGAUCUGGCUGCUACUCCAUCCCCUUAUCCAUGCCAUAAGGCCGUUCUACAAGAGCCCCAAGCCACUGACGGGAUGGGAGAUGAUCAAUACUGCUGUUCAAUUAGUGUUUGACCUCCUCAUCCUGAAGGUGUUCGGCGUUAAGGCCCUAGUGUACCUCCUGGCUGGAACACUGAUGGCGCUCGGUCUUCAUCCACUUGCCGGGCACUUUAUCUCAGAACACUAUCUCUUCAAUGGAGGGCAGGCGACUCACUCGUACUAUGGACCACUUAACUUUGUUCUAUUUAAUGUUGGGUAUCAUAUUGAGCACCAUGAUUUUCCUUACAUCCCGUACUCUCGCUUACCGGAAGUGAAGAAGAUAGCGGGCGAGUUUUAUGACCAUCUUCCCUACCACACGUCCUGGUGCAAGGUUGUCUGGGACUUCAUCUUUAAGGAUAAUAUGGGACCACACGCGAGAGGCGUGGGGUAUCUUAAGGAUGAGAAGAGCAAGGUCAAAAUCGAUCAAAAUGGCAAGGUCGAGCCAAAUGGUGUUUCCAAGGUCAAAUCGUCAUGAGAUAUCUUCACAUGGCAUUUGUCAUUAUUUAUUUGAUAACGUGUCCUUGCUUCAGAUAGUGCAUGUUAUAUUUGAUACGGUUACAUAGUAUUAGCCAAAACGUACAUGUUUGGUGUUCUAAAUAUAAAUUUGCAAUUUUUGAUAGCUCGGGAAAGCUAUCAAUUGACCUUCAAUCAUUGCGGUAGAUUUGAGAGAUUGAAAUCCACAGAGUGGUAAUAACUGCCAGUGUCCAUGGUACAUGUUUCUAACAUACACUGCCUUGCUCAAAUGUAUUUAGCCUCAAGCCCAGGCCCUUCAACAAGUAUUGUUGAAAAUCCCAGUUUUAGUGUCUGAAUUAUAAAACUCCCUGUCUUCUGUUAUCAUCGGUAGAGUAAGGAUGUCACGUUGUCUUGAAACUGCGUGUUUAGCCAGCGAAAGAGAUAACCGACUUUCUGUGCAAACAUCUCGUCGUUAGGCUAACGGGUGGAGGCUGUGCUGCGGUUCUCACUCAGCAGGAAAGCGCAAUAACAUUACUUCACCUGACAGUAUAGGAUCCCACAGGAAGUCGCCCUUGUAAGUUUCUUUCCAUGCGUAUUAGGGGUCAGCGUGAACAACGUCAUUUCGCCGUGUUCCAUGAUUUAUAACAUGCGGAUAAAUAUUUCCUAAGAUCAAUAGCACCCAACCCGUUGUGAUUUAGGGUUUAUAAAACUGACAUUAACUUUGCACUUCAACAGAAAACAACGAUAGGCGGAGUCGGUGUAGGCAAGCUUGUAUAUUUGCACAGUUGUUAUGCGGUUAACUUUCUAAAAGAGCAUUGUCCACCCAAACCUUUUUAUGUGCUUUGUCAGUGGUUUAUCAAACUGAACACUGUCUUGGCGAGCAAAAAUGCAACAGUCAAAUAAUUUCAUGCCCGACGGUGGUUAGGUAUGUGAUUGAUGAUAGUACAAGACUUACACACAACUCACCGACCAACACAGUUACGAAUAGAUAACAUUCACCGAUAUUCCCUAUGACACUGGCAAACUGGGGAUUCCAUUUCGACAAUUACUUGAUUUACUAUAAAAAUAAACUGUAGUAACAAGUAAAAGAAAACUCUGCUCUUAACCAUGAAAUAUUUUUCUUUUAUUCUUUCCAAAAUCGGGGGCACGGGUGGCCCAGUCGUCUAAGGCGCCGCGAUUCGCUGUGCAGUGUCCCUUGGGCACGCCAGAAACCUAUGAUUGUGGGUUCGAAUCCCGGUUCGUCCCGAUUAUGUUUCUAGGUUUGUCAGCACCAUACCCGUGCUCGUGGGUUUCACCGAGGUGGUAAACGUCUGAGACCUGCAUCACUUCGGGCUUUCCUCCCACAUUAAGCUGACACGCCGCGAUAUAACUGGAAUAAUGUUAAAAGCGGCGUUAAACCCAACUCACUCACUCACUCACUCACUCACUCACUCACUCAUUCCAAAAUCGGGCAUUCUAUAAAAUAAUGUGAGAAAAUAACCUCUUCCUUUAUAAUUCAUCGUUUUAGUAUGUAAACCGUUUGUAAAUAUGUAAAUACACAGGAUUAAGACAGUUAAAUAUAUGAGAUUAUUGGCAUGUUAUAAAUAACGUUAUUUAUAUAAUUUGAUUGGCGAGAUGACAGCAAUCUGAAGUCUAUGACAGUGUUUACCUCCUAACUAAUGUUGUGAUUGUCUUUUCCGUGUGUGUUGUUGCAUAUUUAUUUCCUUGUUAUGCCUUUCCAUGUUUAUCCAUUGCAACCUUGUUUCCCAAGUCUCGAGUGCAUGUUAGUUGUCAAUGUACGCAAUUUAGACACAGUCUGCACUUGUACGAACGUAUGUAUACACAAUGAAUGGGUGCCGAAUAAAUUAUAUCAACUGUUAAUUCAUGAUUAUCUUUACUAUGAAAUGUAAUAAAUGUUGUUUUCUA